AGGGAGAGGAGAGUGAAGGGAGCAGAAAGGGGAGGAAAAAGAAUCGUGAGAAAGGGAAAGGAGAGAGGAGAGUUUCCAGCACCUAGAGAAGGAAAGAGCCCAAAGGAACGGAAGGAUCCCGGGGGGAAGAGGAGAGCAGAGAGGGGAGGGGACGGGAGGGGAAAGGCGGGAGAGGGGUGAAAACUAGGGGAGGGCUAAGGAAGCAAGGCACCACGCUGCUUGGGGAGAGGAGGGCAGUGAAGAGCCAGGCGCCGGCAGAGGCAGCUCGGGCUGCGGAGAGGAGGGAGUGCGGCGCUGAGAGGAGGGGCUUGAGGGCUGUAGAAAUGUCAAUCAGAGCCCGGAGCCCCGGGAAUCUCCGCCAAUCUGUUCGGACCUGACCUGGCUCCUCGCCGCCGCGCCACCACCGCUGCCGCCGCGGAGCAGAUCAAUAGGGGAACUUGGAGCCCAGCUCGCAGGAGGCAGCUCGCAGGAGGCAGCCCGGCCCUAGCCCGGCCCAGCCCCCGAUGCACACCGGAGCCCGCGGGCGGCGCUGACCAGGGUGGCCCCGGGGGCUGGGCCCCCUCUCCGUCGGUGCCCCACGGACCACCAUGUCCUUCCCCCAGCUCGGAUACCAGUACAUCCGCCCGCUCUACCCACCCGAGCGCCCAGGGGCCGCCUCCGGCGGCGGCAGCGCGGGGGCCCGGGGCGGCCCGGGAACCGGAGCUUCGGAGCUGGCUGCCUCGGGGUCCCUGUCCAAUGUGCUCUCGUCCGUGUACGGGGCGCCUUACGCCGCGGCGGCAGCAGCGGCCGCCGCCGCCCAAGGCUACGGCGCCUUCCUGCCCUAUACUGCUGAGCUGCCCAUCUUUCCGCAGCUGGGCGCUCAGUAUGAGCUGAAGGACAGCCCGGGGGUGCAGCAUCCGGCCACGGCCACCGCGUUUCCGCACCCGCACCCCGCCUUCUACCCGUAUGGCCAGUACCAGUUUGGCGACCCGUCCCGUCCCAAGAACGCCACCCGGGAGAGCACCAGCACGCUGAAAGCCUGGCUCAACGAGCACCGCAAGAACCCCUACCCCACCAAGGGCGAGAAGAUCAUGCUGGCCAUUAUCACCAAGAUGACCCUCACCCAGGUGUCCACCUGGUUCGCCAACGCGCGCCGGCGGCUCAAGAAGGAGAACAAGAUGACCUGGGCGCCCCGCAGCCGUACUGACGAGGAGGGCAAUGCUUAUGGGAGCGAGCGCGAGGAGGAAGACGAGGAGGAAGACGAAGAAGACGGCAAACGUGAACUGGAGCUGGAGGAGGAAGAGCUCGCGGGUGAGGAGGACGCGGGGGCUGAGGCCCUGGUGGACGACGACGAGGACGAGGAGAUCGAUUUGGAGAACUUAGAUGGUGCAGCUGCGGGGCCUGAGCUGGCCCUGGCUGGGGCGGCUCACAGGGACAGCGACCUCGGCCUGGGACCCAUUUCAGACUCCAAGAAUAGCGACUCGGACGACAGCUCCGAGGGCUUGGAGGAGCGUCCACUGCCGGCCCUGAGUCUGGCCCCAGCGCCACCACCCAUGGCCGCGGCUCCGCAGUCUUCGCCCUCUCCCCCCGCGGGCCUGGACCCCUGCGCUCCGGCAGCACCUCCCGCCUCUGCCCUGCAGAAGCCCAAGAUCUGGUCCCUAGCCGAGACAGCCACAAGCCCGGACAACCCGCGCCGCUCGCCUCCGGGCUCCGGGGGCUCUCCCCCCGGAGCAGCCGUCGCACCCCCAGCCUUGCAGCUCUCCCCCGCCGCUGCCGCCGCUGCCGCCGCUGCGGCACACAGACUAGUCUCGGCGCCACUGGGCAAGUUCCCCGCUUGGACCAACAGGCCGUUCCCAGGCCCGCCGCCUGGCCCGCGCCCGCACCCGCUCUCCCUGCUCAGCUCGCCCCCUCCACACCUGCUGGGCCUUCCUGGAACCACGGGCCACCCAGCCGCCACUGCCUUCGCUCGGCCGGCGGAGCCGGAGGGCGGAACAGAUCGCUGUAGUGCCUUGGAAGUGGAGAAAAAGUUACUCAAGACAGCUUUCCAGCCGGUGCCCAGGCGGCCCCAGAACCACCUGGAUGCCGCGCUGGUCUUAUCGGCUCUCUCCUCAUCCUAGUUCUUUAAAAAAAAAAUUUUUUUUAAUCGUUGUAAUAAUUGUAAAAUAAAUCACUCUGUAUAGUUAUGACUUGUAAGCAUGUCCGUGUAUGAAUACCUAAAAAAGAAAACUAAACAAAAAA